CAGUCAGCAAAGCCUGGGAGGGCUCCAGCUCCUCCCUCUCUGCUCUGCUCAAUUUCACUCCCAUCCUCCGGUCUCCAGGAGAGCCUGGUGCCCUGGCAGUGCUGUCCCGGCCCUGGCAGCCCAAGGUUCUCCCGUGGUGAGGACUUGAGUGGACAGCAGCAGGGGGUGGAGAGAGAGAGAGGGAGAGUUUGCCCUGCAGGCUCUCUGGAUGCAGAAGCUGGACUUGCUGCAGAGGCAGCUGUGCUGUGCUGGGAGCCUGACUUCUGGGGUGCACCCAUCUCUCAGGGCUUAUCCAAGCACGCGAGGUGGGUGCUGUCCCUCUUGGACACUGACAGCAGCACCUGCCUCCCCUCUGCCACCAUGAGCGGCUGCUCUAAGAGAUGCAAGCUUGGAUUUGUGAAAUUUGCUCAGACCGUCUUUAAGCUCAUCACUGGGACUCUCAGCAAAGAUAAGAUUGAAGAUGAGCUGGAGAUGACCAUGGUUUGCCACCGACCUGAGGGACUGGAGCAACUUGAGGCCCAGACCAACUUCACCAAGAGAGAGCUGCAAGUCCUUUAUCGUGGCUUCAAAAAUGAGUGCCCCAGCGGUGCAGUCAAUGAAGAGACAUUCAAGCAGAUCUAUGCCCAGUUUUUUCCUCAUGGAGAUGCCAGCACCUAUGCCCAUUACCUCUUCAAUGCCUUCGAUACCACCCAGACAGGCUCCGUGAAGUUCGAGGAUUUUGUAACUGCUCUGUCGACUUUACUGAGAGGAACCGUCCAUGAGAAACUAAGGUGGACGUUCAAUUUGUAUGACAUCAAUAAAGAUGGAUACAUAAACAAAGAGGAGAUGAUGGACAUUGUCAAAGCUAUCUAUGAUAUGAUGGGGAAGUACACAUACCCUGUGCUCAAAGAGGACACCCCAAGGCAGCACGUGGAUGUUUUCUUCCAGAAAAUGGACAAAAAUAAAGAUGGUAUUGUGACUUUAGAUGAAUUUCUUGAAUCCUGUCAGGAGGAUGACAACAUCAUGAGGUCUCUGCAGCUGUUCCAAAAUGUCAUGUAACUGGGGACACUCAUGCACCGAGCUCUCAGAGACAUUCUAUCUUAAUACCUUGAUCUGCCCUUGUUCCAGUUUUACACACCAACAUUCUCUUGGGACAGAGACAUCUUUUACACUUUGGAAGAAUUCCUGCUGAAGACUUUCUAUGAAACCCAGCAUUCAAUGGCUCAAUCUCUGAUCGUCAACUCUUCCUUCUUCCUCCUCUUGAGAGAGACACAAUUCAAAUUUGUUUUUGGAAGCAUGCCCGUCUCUUCACACUGCUGCUCCAUGGAAGGUCCCUCUGCUUGAGCUUAUACAGUAGUACACAAUUUUCUGCUAUGUGCCCCCAGCCCACUGCCUCCAAAUCAAGCAGAUUUUGUUGAAUUUGGAAGCCAGAGGACCUGAGCCAAAUGCACACUAUCCUCUGAUGGUCUCCCAAACCAAUGUGCCUGUUUCUCUUCUUUUGUGGGAAGAAAGCGUGUUCCACAGAACAAUCAAAAUCUACCUUGACUAGAUUGGGGGAGGCAGCACCCAAAUAUGUAGAAUAAGACUGAAUUACUAAGCAUGGCAUUGUCUGAGGACCUAAACUGCCCAUGUCAUUCAUUUCCAAAGGCUAGGAUUAAUAACUCUCCCACACUAGCAUCUGUGCUAGUAAUGUGAGUUGCAAGUCUCUUAAUAUGCCCAGGAAGAGAGCCAUUGCCCAGUAGUCUCUAACUCCUGCCCAUCCCCUGCUCAAGUCCAUCAUUGCAUGUCCCUCCCAAAAGUCCAGAAUGCUUGCAAAUUGCUGUAAUUUUAUACCAUGUUCUAAUCAAUAAACAGAAUUAUUUCUUACACUCUCAA